GCUCAGUCGGGCCAUGCAGGGCCCCGCGGAGCUCGGCUCCCCCCGGGAGUCCCUGCGCGGCUCCCCCGGGCUCUUCAGGAAGCUGAUGGUGAAUCAGAGCAUCCGCCUGCAGCGCCGCUUCACGGUGGCCCAUCCGCUGUGCUUUGACCUGGAAAAUGGGCUCCCGAGCGACAAGGGUCCCCUGGACGCUCAGUCCCGGCCGAGUGUCGGCCGCACCCUCCAGUCCCCCGUCCAUCACGGCCAGCGGCGCGAGUCCUUCCUGUACCGCUCGGACAGCGACCAUGAGCCUUCACCCAAGGCUGUGUCCCGGACCUCGUCGGCGGCCAGCGACCUACAUGGAGAAGACAUGAUUGUCACGCCCUUCGCCCAGGUCCUGGCCGGUCUCAGGACGGUCCGUAGCAACGUGGCUGCCCUUGCACAUGGCCCGGGCAGUGACACCAGACAGGUGCUCUUGGGGACCCCUCCGCACAGCAGCCAACAGGCUGCCCCAGCAGAGGACUCUGGGCUGCAGCUGGUGCAGGAGACCCUGGAGGAGCUGGACUGGUGUCUGGAGCAGCUGGAGACACUGCAGACUCGUCGCUCGGUGGGCGAGAUGGCCUCCAACAAGUUCAAGCGCAUGCUCAACCGCGAGUUGACCCACCUGUCGGAAACCAGCCGCUCAGGAAACCAGGUGUCGGAGUACAUUUCUCAGACUUUCCUGGGUGAGCUGCCUGACAGCCUUCGGAGGUCGGAGGAGGUGUCUCUGGCAGAUGCCAUCGCGGCCUUCUGUGGAGGAGGACUAGCAAGGUCUCACUCAGCCAGCACAGUUGGCCAGGGCUGGAGGAGAGGGAUGGCAGGGACACUUUCGGGAGGAGAGGACAUGACAGACCAGCAGGCUGAGGUGGAGCUGCCCAAGCCGACCACGGAGGACGUCCCACGUCCCAUGUCCCAGAUCACUGGGCUGUGUAGGUCGUCCCACACCAGCCUUCCCACAGCUGCCAUCCCACGCUUUGGGGUCCAGACAGACCAGGAGGAGCAGCUGGCUAAGGAGCUUGAAGACACCAACAAAUGGGGACUGGAUGUGUUCAAAGUGGCCGAGCUGAGUGGGGACCGGGCUCUCACGGCCGUCACAUUCAGCGUCCUCCAGGAACGUGACCUGCUCAAGACCUUCCAGAUCCCGGCGGACACGCUGCUAAGGUACCUGGUGACGCUAGAGGGGCACUACCACUCCGACGUGGCGUACCACAACAGCAUUCAUGCUGCCGACGUGCUGCAGUCCGCGCACGUGCUGCUGGGCACCCCGGCGCUGGAGGCCGUGUUCACGGACCUAGAAGUCUUGGCAGCUAUUUUUGCAUGUGCUAUACACGACGUAGACCACCCGGGGGUCUCCAACCAGUUUCUCAUCAACACCAACUCGGAGCUGGCACUGAUGUACAACGACUCAUCGGUGCUGGAGAACCAUCACCUCGCGGUAGGCUUCAAGCUCCUGCAGGGGGAAAACUGCGACAUCUUCCGGAACCUCAGCACCAAGCAGAGACUGAGUCUGCGCAGGAUGGUCAUCGACAUGGUGCUGGCCACAGACAUGUCUAAGCACAUGACGCUUCUGGCCGACCUCAAGACCAUGGUGGAGACGAAGAAAGUGACGAGCCUUGGCGUGCUGCUCUUGGACAACUACUCUGACCGCAUCCAGGUCCUCCAGAGCCUGGUGCACUGCGCUGACCUCAGCAACCCCGCCAAGCCGUUACCCCUCUACCGCCAGUGGACGGAGCGCAUCAUGGCCGAGUUCUUCCAGCAGGGCGACCGGGAGCGCGAGUCAGGCCUGGACAUCAGCCCCAUGUGCGACAAGCACACAGCCUCCGUGGAGAAAUCCCAGGUGGGAUUCAUUGACUACAUCGCUCAGCCUUUGUGGGAAACGUGGGCUGAUCUCGUGCACCCCGAUGCUCAGGAGCUGCUGGAGACCUUGGAAGACAACAGAGCGUGGUACGAGAGCAGGGCUCCCCGCAGCCCUCCGCACGCCAGCGGCCCGGACAGGUUCAAGUUUGAGCUGACCCUGGAGGAGGCAGAAGAGGAGGAGGGGGAGGAUGGGCAGUGCACAGCCCUGAACAGAGAGACCUCAGAGUCACCCCAUACUUCCCUCCUGUCCUCCAUGGCCAGCCCAGGGUCUGCCUUGUCCCACAAGAGUUGGGCUAGCCUAGUGCGGACCAUGGAGUCGUGGUCGGACAUUUGGGCACCUGUGGGCGCUGAUGGCUUUUCUCGGCAGUCACAGAGGACAGCCGAGAUUUACACAGAGCCAAGCCUUGGGGUCCACUUGAAAGCCUGAGGCUGGGGCCGACUCUGACCACAGGCGUGGCUGCAAUAGCACCAGGGCCUGGUCAGUGCCCGUUCACACAUCUCAGAAGUUGGAUUCAGCUUCAGUCUGCGUGUAGGCUGCAGCCCAUGCAGGACUCUGUGUUAUGGUUUAGUUGGUUUCUUUUUGGUGCUAAAGAUGGAACCCUGGAUUCCCACGGGCUCUGUGACCCGAGCCCCAACGUUGCCCUUCAAUGUCCUGCCUUUACCAGUCUGGUCAGUCAGAAGCCUUUACUGAGUCCCUCAGGGGGAAAAUCCCUUUCAUAAAAUGCAGGCAGGGACCGCCUCCCACAGAGGUCUGGGGUCUGCGGACACCAUUGGCUGUUCGAGACUCUUCUUACUUACGGGGAGGUCGGUGACCUCUGAGAAGACCCCUGCAGGCCUCAGUCGUCCCACGAGCUGCUCAGACACCCGAGGCUUCUCAAACCAGAGUGCCAGCCGGCACGCCUCUGCUCACCACAGGCAUUCCCCGGACUCAGGAGGUGGACACAGCUGGUCCAGGCUGGGCAGCCUGACCAGAAAUAAAAAGAGCAGGACUGGGCUGGGGCGAUGGCUCAGCGGUUAAGAGCACCAGUUGCUCUUCCAGAGGUCCUGAGUUCAAGUCCCAGCAACCACAUGGUGGCUCACAACCAUCUGUAAUGGGGUCUGAUGCCCUCUUCUGGUGUGUCAAUGGUGUACUCAUACACACAAAAUAAACAAAUCUGAGAGAGAGAGAGAGAGAGAGAGAGAGAGAGAGAGAGAGAGAGAGAGAGAGAGAGAUGGAGUCAUCUAAGGGGUGGAGCUUCUGUCUAGAAUCCCCCCUCUGGUAACAGAGCUUUAACUUGUAGGAAGUCCUGAGUUUCAUUUCUAUCACUGCAAAAAUAGAAUAAACCUGCUCAUUCACUCGUGGGCCAACUGACUCUCAA